UAUCUACAGAUUCUUGCGUCUUCUUGUCUCUCUCUCUCCCUUGGAUUUGUGAAUUUCUUGAUUCGAUCGAUAUGGGUUUCUCCAAAGACCAGCUGCUUAAUCGACUUCAGGAACUAGAGAUUGAGUAUACCAAGUAUGAACAUCCGCCUGUUCUAACCGUCGAAGCGCAGGCUAAGUAUGUAAGCAGUAGUGAGGGAGCACUGAGUAAGAAUCUCUUCUUGAAGGAUAAGAAACAUCGGUAUUAUAUUGUUUCAGCUAUGGUUGAUACAAAAGUUGAUAUGAAAGUUUUAUCUCAGAGACUUGGUCUUGGCAAAGGAGGUUUAAGAAUGGCUCCUGAAGAAGCACUUGCUGAGCUUUUGCAGGUAUCGCUUGGAUGUGUUACCCCAUUUGCAGUUGUAAAUGAAUCAGCAAGAGAUGUGUCGCUCUUGUUAGACCAAAAAUUCAAGAACCAAAAACGCUGCAUAUUCCACCCAUUGUCUAAUGAAGUCUCAGUCUCUCUUAACACAUCGGGUCUGGACAAGUUCCUCAAGUCGAUUGAGAGAGAUCCCGUAUAUGUUGACCUUGAGGCUAACCCGGCAGUUGGUAAAGAUCAGCCUCCAGAUCUAGCUGUUUAUGUUCCGUCUAAUUCAGUUGUUGUUCCCGAGAUUUCUAACGAAACAUCUACUAAACAAACCCCUCCUCCAAAGAGUGUAUCAGCUGAGGUUAAGCCUGUCGCUUCAGCCAAACCCAGCAAGCCAGCCAGUAAGGGAAAGAGCGUCAUCGUGGAAAACUCAACCCCAUUACCUUACAAGAACCCUGAGAAGUUCGUGGAAGAGAUUAUGGACAAAACAUCAGCUCUCUUAUUAUCCGAGGCUAAGGGAGAGAAUGUGGAAGCUUUAGCAGAAACACUGAGAAAACGUCUCACCUCAGAGUUAACACACCUCGCGAUUAUGUACAAGAACACAGCUUAUGCACAAGGCUUUUAUGCCGGUACACAUUCCCAGCCGAAGCGACUCUAAGAAGUUUUGGUUUGGUACGUUAAACCGAAGACAAUUUGGGAGAGAAAGAUACCGGUUAAGCAUUUAUAAUUUUUUCUUGUACAACAAUUUUUGAGAUCUCGAAUCAUAUAUUGACUGAUAGUCUGUUACUUUGUUAAUCUCAAAACUAAAUCCGAAUCUAAACAAAACUGAAAAAUAAUUAUGAAUCUUAAACUUGGAAUAUCUGAUUAUUAAAAUA